AUGGAAAAUACAUCUUCGAUUGAGGAAAUAAAAUUCGGAGACAAACUCGGAGAAGGUUCGUAUGGCGAAGUGUGGAAGGCCGUGUGGAAAGGCAAGCAAGUUGCUGCCAAACGGAUUCUACCUAUCCUAGUGAUGGAAGACUACGAUGUCAGUCAAAGAAAAGCCAUCUUAGAAAAGUUUAAGCAGGAAUGGGAGAUUCUCUGCAGUAUUCGGCAUAAGAACAUUGUGCAAUAUUACACUGUUAUUCUACCCCCUUCUCCAGAGAGCCCCAUUAUUGUGACAGAGUUGCUGGAGUGCGAUUUGGCCAAACACAUUCGGAACUCAACGACUAAACCAAAGGUUCCUUUCUCAGACGUAAUUAAAAUCAUGUUGGACGUCGCCGAAGGUUUACACUAUAUUCAUACCCUAAAAAAACCGAUUGUACAUCGCGACUUGGCGAGCAAAAAUGUACUGUUGACGAAAACCUUGCAUGCAAAGAUUGCAGAUUUGGGUCAGGCGAAAGCGUUCCCUGGUGGUGCAAUGUACGCGACUGCUAUGCCGGGAACACCCGUGUAUGCCGCUCCAGAGACGUAUCCCACGGGGUUGGGAGGACUACCGAGGGGCGAUAAAGCGAGAUACUCUGUCAAAAUCGACAUCUUCUCGUUUGGAGCCAUGCUGCUGGAGAUUAUUAUUGGUCAUUUACCAGAGGGUAAUUUGCCUGACCCGGUUCUUGAAGGUAACUGCCUCCGGGUUUUUCUUUUAAAAUUUGGAUGGCCGUGUUUUAACGAGCGAUUGAUCAAGUUACCCAGCGAAUGACUGCCAUGACUCUCUUGAAAACAGUUGCUUUUCCACUUUUUUCACGCUUGUUGACAGACUUCGAUGCAACUCUCAUUAAUUCAAGCUAGGUGCCUCGAGCGGUCACUCAUUUUAUGAGGCUCUCAAAUCGGAAACAGAACACAUCUUAACGUCUCCUCCAAAAAAAAAUGAAUCAUUGUUUAUUUCAUGAUCGCUAUAAUCUUAAUUCAUAAUGCGACUACCGGGCAAUUCUAGAUGGUUUAAUCAUGAUACAAGGUUUUUCAAAAAUUGUCGCUCAAGUGAGACAUAUUAGGCUUUAAUUUGUUUCAAGUCACGCUAUCAGCUGCAUAAUAGUUGCGUGACUUGUUUAAUUCAGCGUAAACUAUUGAUGCCUAUAAUGCACAGCUAUGAUUGUUUAAAAGGCAUUACAUGUCGAUCCUGAAGUUUCGUGCCAAAUUGAGGCUAUUGGGGUAUACCACUGCACGAAUGCAGAUAGGUUCUUUACUUGGCCUACUGCGAUUAGUGCCUUUUUCCCAUCAUCAUCGUCUUGUGCUGAAUUUAACAGCUUUCCUUAUAAAAACUUUAAUUCCAGAUGGGGAAAUAGUCCCAGAGUACAAACGCCGUCAUGAGGACCUAGAAGAGAUGGGUCCGAGCCACCCUCUACGCAAUCUUGUUUUGCAGUGUUUGGAAAACUCUCCUGAGGAAAGGCCCAGCGCAGGUGAGAUUAAAGAAAAACUCAGCAAGGCUGUUAGCGAGACACUAUCAGGUAACCCCUCUGAUGUUAGGGAUGCCGUUAAGUCCAUUGAUCAUUAUGAUCACAAGUUUAAGCUUGUCGUACUUGGCGAGGCAGGUGUGGGUAAGACAUCUAUCGUGACCCGAUUCCUGGAUACCAACAGCCAGCUUUCUGAGAUAUCGUUUUCAAGAAACGUCGAGUCUGAAGAUCACUUUGUGGGACUGCGUCUCCCUGAUAUGUCAAUCCAUCUUCAUAUCGUCGAUGUAGGCGGUCACAAGCUCACCAAAGCCUCCAACCUAGUGCCUCAGAUUUUUCGGGACGUGCGGGGUGCGGUCAUUGCCUUCGAUCUACUCUCUAAAAAGUCUUUCUUGGAAGUGCCAAAUUGGGUGAAAGUCGUCAGGGAGAGGUGCUAUGAAGAAAUUCCCAUCGUACUAGUUGGAAAUAAAGAUGAGGAGUUGGAGAGAAAGGUUGGGUCGCAAGAAGUGGAGCAGUUUGCCGAAAGAGAGAGUAUGUUUUACACUGAGGCUAGUGCCAAAUCUGGAAAGAACAUUGAUGAAAUAUUUUCUGUUCUCAUAGACUUAAUGAUUGAAUGUGAAAACAAAAACAAAGGUGAAGCUACGACUAACAGUCUUCUGGUAUCAUUGCGAGAAACCCUUUCUAACAGGGAUGCCAGCCAGGAGAAGUCCCCCAUUGCUGAACGCUUCCUUACCCCUCGUCGUGACGCCCUCAAUCCGGGAGUCAUAGAACUCAAGGAAGAAAAGGGAACAAUGGAACAUGACAAGAACGACCGGAAAAGUAAAUCACGGUGCUGUUUGUUGAACUAAAGUGAUCGAGGACGAUGUUAAACACGGAUGAACAUUAGAUUCGCGGGGGGCGGGGGGG